CGCGUGUCGCCCUGUCGACCGCUUCGAGUGAUCGCCGCAGGUAUCCUAUUAGCAAGUUUCCGUAAUCAUCCCCCGCAAGUUUCCGCCCUCGACUGCUCCCGACUCUCCUCUUCGCUCGCGGCUCGCCGGCCGCGGAAACUCGUCUCGCUCGCGCUCGACGGCGCGCUAAUUGGCCCGCCAGUCUCGCCGUCUCGCCGCCAUGGAGAAGAGCGACGACGAGGAGCGAGCCACCGCGGCGGCCCUUCAAGAGGCGGCGGCGCCGGAGCACGUUGACCGCGAGGCGCACGACGGUCCCGAGGAGGACUACGGGUGUGCGCACUACAAGCGGAAAUCCAAGUUCGUGACGCCAUGCUGCAAUAAGGUGUACACAUGUCGAUUCUGUCACGACGAGGAGGAGGCCCACACGGUGAAAAGGAAGGAAGUGACAGAAUUAAUAUGCGUUAUGUGCGACACUCGUCAACCGGUGCAAGCCACCUGUCAGGAGUGUCACUGUCGAUUCGGCAAGUACACUUGUCUAAAGUGCAACCUUUUCGACGACGAGGACAAGAAUCAGUAUCACUGCGAUGGCUGUGGCAUCUGUAGGGUAGGUGGGCGAGAGAGGUACUUUCAUUGCGCCAAGUGUAACAUGUGCUUGCCGGUUCAACUACAAAAUGGCCACAAGUGUGUGGAGAACGUAUCGCAUGCCAAUUGCCCGGUAUGUCUAGAAGACAUCCACACAAGCCGUAUUCCUUGUCACAUUCCCAACUGCGGGCACUUGCUGCACCGGACCUGCUUUGAGGAGCUGCUGCAUUCGGGCCAUUACGCCUGUCCAACCUGUCAAGUGUCGUUGCUCGACAUGACCGACCUCUGGAGAUUCCUGGACAUCGAGGUGUCCAUGACGCCGAUGCCUCAAGAAUAUCGAGACCAUAAGGUCAACAUUCUCUGUAAAGAUUGCCAUGAGGAAUCAACGGUAAAAUUCCACGUAGUGGGGCUCAAGUGCUUGAACUGCGGCAGCUACAACACGUGCAAGAUCAAGAGUUCGCCCUCUCCCGAUCUGGAGUCGCUGGACGCCGCGGCGGGCAGCAGCGGGGCGGCCGAUGAGGAACAGUGCAAUCGGAACGAUUCCGAGGAACCGCAGUAACGGGGAACCAGGAUGCUCGCCCUUCCCGUGGGUCAUCUUCGACACCUCCCAAUUUUUGCCGGACGAUCAUCUCCAGGCCGGAGAAAUCAUACCCCGGCCCGGAACCCCCUGCGACGCGUCCAGGCGGAUAGUUGGUGCAAAUCUUCGCACUUACAUAUCGUCGUCCUCCGACAAAUUUAUCGUCCAGAGGAUGGCGAAGAACAACGCUUACAGAGCGACACACUGAACGCUCCAAAAAUUAAUUUACAUGAAUCGCAAAAAUUCAGAUAAACCCAAUCAUGGUAAAAAAAAAAAGGAAGUAAUUGAAGUCGAAACCUCACGGUGAAACAUUCGACGUACAGUGCGUCGCCCUGUAUAUACAUAAACGACGUUUCGUGGCGACCCCCUCUCUCUCUCUCUCUCUCUCCCUCGUUUUCGUGGCAUUCCACUUCGCUGCAAUUAGGCAUUUAAUUUACGUGUAAAUAACGUCUCGCAUAAUAUACGUAAUAACGCGCGCACGUCGCGGUACAUAAAGUAUCAUGAAAGUACGCAUCCAAAUGGAAGUAAUAUAACGAAUUUAAUAAGGAAAAGCAGAGGUUAGGAAAUACUCUUCUCCGACCCCUCGUCGGGGGGCACUUCACGAAAAGACACCCGUCAUCCGUGUGCAUGCGUGUACAAUGUGUGUGUGUGUGCGUGUGGAUUUUUCGCCGCUUUAUUGUUUUUCCUCUCGUUGUAAAUUGAAAUACCAAUUACAAGGUUCUUUGUACAUAA